ACUUUGGUCCUUGCUCCAGGCAGGGGUCCUCCAGAAGAGAGACAAGAAUGAGUACUUUUUAGGCUUUAAUGCAAGGAGAGGCUACAUAACAUCAUGCAGAUUCCUUUAUAUCUGGCUUUUAUGUAUGCCUUCAUUAGCUGGUACAGUAGCCGGUAGGUAACAGAGCUGUGAGAUUAAUCUUCAACUCAGAGAGCUAUGGACAACAAUAACCAGCCAUCGCGUAAAGCUCCAGCUCGCUCCUUUCUCUUUAGAGCCGUUGGGUUUUUCGUCGGGGACAUGCAUUCCUGCAGAGAAUGGGUGAAAAGACAGGCUGUAGUAAUCCAGCUGCUGGACUGGGUUUUUCGAGGGGUGGCCCAGGUCAUGUUUGUCAACAACCCUCUCAGUGGGCUUCUCAUCAUGGCUGGCCUCUUUCUCCAGAACCCUUGGUGGGCUCUGAACGGUCUGCUGGGUACCCUUGUAUCCACUGUGUCUGCCAUCUUACUGGGACAAAACAGGGAAGCUGCAUCAGCGGGUUUAUAUGGCUACAAUGGAACCUUGGUGGGCAUACUGAUGGCUGUUUUCUCUGCCAAAGGAAGCUGGUACUGGUGGCUGUUAUUGCCAAAUGUGUUCAUGUCCAUGUUGUGCCCGGUGGUAUCCGGUGCUUUGUCCUCAGUUGCCAGCAAAUGGGACCUCCCAAUAUUCACCCUGCCCUUUAAUAUUUUGGUGUGUCUGCAUGUUGCAGCUACGGGAGCCAAUCACCCCUACUUUCCAGAGGUGGAUAUCCAGCCAAACUACCAUCUGCCCCCUCCUAAUGAUUCCAUCAAAAGCCUCAAUAUCUCUCAGUUAUUCUUGUCAGUGCCAGUUGGUGUUGGCCAGGUGUACGGCUGCGACAGUCCUUGGACAGGAGGUCUCAUCCUUCUGGCCCUGCUGCUUUCCUCACCAACUAUCUGUUAUCAUGCCAUGUUGGGCUCUGCUGCUGGCAUGCUGUCUGGACUUGCUCUGGCAGCUCCUUGCAAGGAUAUUUACUCAGGGCUGUGGGGAUAUAACAGUGCCCUAUCCUGCAUUGCCAUUGGAGGGGUCUUCUAUGUCAUAACAUGGCAAACCCAUCUUCUGGCUCUAAUAUGUGCAUUUUUCUGCGCGUACAUGACUGCGGCAAUCUCCAAACUGAUGUCUGUGCUUGCAUUACCAGCCUGCACGUGGCCUUUCUGCCUGUCGACUCUCAUCUUCCUCCUCAUUUCCUCUGAGAUCCCAGCCAUCUGCAGACUGCCUCUGUCUGUGGUCUCCUACCCCGAGGAGAAUCAACGCUACCAGAGACAAUUACAGGCCUCAGAGAAAGCUCAGCACAGUCAGCAGAGCAGCCGCCAAGAAGAGGCCCGGCUAAAGAAGAAUGGAGGUCCAAAUGUCCAGUUUGUGGUGGAGAGGGGCUGCUGUGAAUCUGUAUGAUUAGAGUGGAUGCUCUUUUGUUCUGACUUUUACCUGUAUGAGUAUUAAAUUGUUGGAAAUGUAGGAACAGUAUGGUAAUGUACAGUUUUGGUAUUUCCUCUCUUACAUAACAAUAUUUGUUAUAUAAAAUUGCUGGCAUUAGAGUGAGACAUGUUUCCUUAAUGGCAUUUUUUUUUCUUAUGCAAUGCAGCUAUUCUACACAGCAGAGGGCAGCACUUUCCAAGGAAAGAUAGAACCGAUGUUGUUGCAUGUGAAUCUAAUAAUACUGAGGAAAAAUACUGAGCACAUUUGAAUGUAGGAAUGCAAUUAUGUAUACCAACUUUGUACAGUAAUAUACAUUAUAUGAAAUGUAGCCUUGUGUUCCUUUUCUCCAGUCUCAAAAGCACAGUUUUAGUUGUUGAUGAGAUGAUUUAAAAUGCAGCAGCUACAGCAUUUCAUUAGUGCAGAGAGUGAGCUGUAAGGGAGAUUUCAUAAAGAGCUCCCCCAGAAAAGCACCCUCUUCUCUGCCAGGCAUAAUCCAUCUCUGCCUUCUGUGCUCCAUUCUGUCCUAUUGUUUUCUCUGAUUGUUCCUCUUUACCUCUCUUUUGAUUUCUUGUGCCUCUCCCUCAAUUUGACAUGUUUUUAUAAACCCUUAUACUACUACUUUUUCUACUUUCCUCCACUUCCCUUCUCUGCCAUUAUCUGCCUCUUCUUCCCAUUUGACAGCCUCUCUCCUUUUUCCUCAAGCAAGAUUUUCAUCUCUGUAAAAAGAAAAUACCAAGAUGUCAGUUGAUAAAACGUACAGAGCUCUGUCUGGGUCUGGGUCUGCAUUUAUAUCUACUUUUAUGAGUACAUCUUGUAUGUGUCUUUAUUGCCAUCUGCCUGUCUGUGUAUCUGGUGCGCUGAGGCACAUGGCUUUCGUCUAGCCAGUGUUACACAUAGGAGACAGUCACACUCCCAGACAUGUGUGGGAGUGGCGGUACAUCGGGGGAGAAGGUGCUAGACGAGGGAGAGGGGAAGAAGUUGAAAAUGAGA